AAUUCAAAAUUUAAAAAACCAGAGAGAGAGAGAGAGAGAGAUGGCUUCAGGCAACAUGAAGGGUUACUUCAAGCAGAAGAAGAGUGGAGGAGGAAGAGGAAUCGCCAAGCCAAAGCCUUCCAAGAAAUCCACUAAGAUACAGCCUACCCAUGUCGCCACUUUAGGCUCUGAUGUGGUCCAACCUUCAACCCUCUCAGCCCAUAAUCUCCAAGAUGAUGAAUAUGAUGGGAAUGAGACGGUGUUGAGGCAGUUUGACAUGAACAUGGCAUAUGGACCAUGCCUAGGGAUGAGCAGACUGGCGCGAUGGGAGCGUGCUCAGCGUCUAGGCCUGAACCCUCCCAAGGAGAUUGAAACCCUCCUGAAACAAGGCAAGGCUCGGGCUGACUGCUUGUGGGAUGGCUGCGUUUAGACUAGAAAGAACAGUGUAUCAUGGAAUGCUUUGCUCCUAGAUGAAUGUCCAGCCUCUGGCUGCACUGGUUAGUCAUGUUUGUAUGUUCUGAACUUGAAUUUCUGGAUCUUUUAUGGGAUAUUUUGCUCUGUAAGUAUGCUUUUAACUUGAAUUUUUGGGUCGUUUAUGGGAUGUUAUGUCCUGGAAGUUGAAAGCUUUGAAGAUGUUUGCAGUCCCUAAA